UUUUUUUUUUUUUUUUUAUUUCCUUUUUCUCUUCUUCUUUUUAUUCUACUUCCACUCUCUUCGGCCUGGGAAGAACACCGACGUCGGUGUCCUUCCGUUACUUCGUAUUCUUCCUCCUCUUCUUAGUCCCUUUUUGUUAUCGAUCGCCCAUCUCGCGAGAUUUGGACGUUCUUAUCUUUUCCUCGCAUCCCCUCCCGUCCCGACUCUCCUCUCUCUCCCAUUCAACGCCUGUUCCGCCAUUGACCCUGCAAUUCGGUCGCUCGUGUUCCUCUUUCGCUGAGCGUCUCCAUCAUGGCGCAACUCGAUACUCUCGAUUUGGUCGUCCUGGUGGCGCUCUUGGUGGGUAGCGUGGCCUACUUCACCAAGGGCACCUACUGGGCCGUCGCCAAAGAUCCCUACGCCUCGACCGGUCCGGCGAUGAACGGAGGUGCCAAGGCUGGCAAGACUCGUGACAUUAUCGAAAAGAUGGACGAAACUGGCAAGAACUGUGUGAUUUUCUACGGCUCGCAGACCGGUACUGCCGAGGACUACGCGUCGAGACUGGCAAAGGAAGGCUCGCAGCGAUUCGGUCUGAAAACCAUGGUGGCCGAUCUGGAGGACUACGACUACGAGAACCUGGAGAAAUUCCCCGAGGACAAGGUCGUCUUCUUCGUUCUGGCCACUUACGGCGAGGGUGAACCCACGGAUAACGCGGUCGAGUUCUACCAAUUCGCCACGGGCGAGGAUGCCGCUUUUGAGAGCGGCGCCACCGCCGACGAUAAGCCUCUGUCUUCUCUCAAGUAUGUCACGUUCGGUCUGGGUAACAACACGUAUGAGCACUACAAUGCCAUGGUUCGUAAUGUGGACAGCGCUCUCCAGAAAUUCGGUGCGCAGCGCAUUGGUUCGGCCGGUGAAGGUGAUGACGGAGCUGGUACAAUGGAAGAAGAUUUCCUGGCCUGGAAGGAACCCAUGUGGACUGCUCUCUCCGAAGCCAUGAACCUGCAGGAGCGCGAUGCGGUCUACGAGCCGGUCUUCAAUGUCGCCGAGGAUGAGUCUCUGAGUCCCGAAGAUGAGAACGUGUACCUCGGUGAGCCCACCCAAGGUCAUCUCCAAGGCGAGCCCAAGGGCCCUUACUCUGCGCACAACCCGUUUAUUGCUCCCAUCUCCGAAUCUCGUGAACUGUUCAACGUCAAGGACCGCAACUGCCUGCACAUGGAAAUCAGCAUCGCCGGUAGCAAUCUCACUUACCAGACUGGUGACCACAUCGCUGUUUGGCCCACCAACGCCGGUGCCGAGGUCGAUCGGUUCCUGCAAGCUUUUGGUCUCGAAGGAAAGCGUCACACCGUCAUCAACGUCAAGGGUAUCGAUGUCACCGCCAAGGUUCCCAUUCCGACCCCGACGACCUACGAUGCUGCGGUUCGCUACUAUCUGGAAGUCUGUGCCCCCGUUUCCCGUCAAUUUGUCUCGACUCUCGCUGCUUUCGCCCCGGAUGAGGCUACCAAGGCCGAAAUCGUGCGCCUGGGUGGCGACAAGGACUAUUUCCACGAGAAGAUCACCAACCGUUGCUUCAACAUCGCCCAGGCUCUCCAGAGCAUCACGUCCAAGCCUUUCACUGCCGUUCCGUUCUCUCUGCUCAUCGAAGGCCUUACCAAGCUUCAGCCCCGUUACUACUCGAUCUCCUCGUCUUCCCUGGUUCAGAAGGACAAGAUCAGUAUCACCGCUGUUGUGGAAUCGGUUCGCUUGCCUGGUGAGGAGCAUAUUGUUAAGGGUGUGACCACGAACUAUCUUCUCGCGCUCAAGGAAAAGCAAAACGGCGAACCUGCCCCCGACCCUCAUGGCUUGACUUACUCUAUCACUGGUCCCCGCAACAAGUACGAUGGAAUUCACGUCCCCGUCCAUGUCCGUCACUCGAACUUCAAAUUGCCCUCGGACCCCUCAAGACCUGUCAUCAUGGUUGGACCCGGUACCGGUGUUGCUCCUUUCCGUGGCUUUGUCCAGGAACGUGCUGCCUUGGCUGCUAAGGGCGAGAAGGUCGGACCCACCGUACUGUUCUUUGGCUGCCGUAAAUCCGACGAAGAUUUCUUGUACAAGGAUGAAUGGAAGACUUUCCAGGAACAACUUGGCGACUCCCUCAAGAUCAUCACUGCAUUCUCUCGUGAAUCGGCUCAGAAAGUCUACGUCCAGCACAGGCUGAGUGAGCACGCCGAACUGGUUAGUGACCUUCUGAAGCAGAAAGCCACUUUCUACGUCUGCGGUGACGCUGCCAACAUGGCCCGCGAAGUCAAUCUCGUGCUUGGACAAAUCAUUGCCAAGCAGCGCGGUCUCCCCGCCGAGAAGGGCGAGGAGAUGGUGAAGCACAUGCGCAGCAGCGGCAGCUACCAGGAGGAUGUCUGGUCAUGAUCGCUGGCAGCUUGUUCCAAACGCUAUGACUUAAUCUCUUUACCCUUCUCUCUUCCCUUCCUCAUUCCUAUCAUGCCUAGAUGAUAUUUGCAUAUAUACUUCGCCUUUUGCUUAAUUAUUUCCCCCUUUGGCGUGGCUUGUGUAUGCCUAUUUUAUUUUAUUUUAUUUCCUUUUUGGGGACCUUUGCAUGGUUGAAUUCACCGAGAUGUGAUAAGGACAGGAUAGAUUAUGACAGAUGUCAAAAAUGUUAAGAACUGCGAUUUGAAAA